AUGGUGUUCAACAUCACGACACCGGAACCGGAGGACAUCAACAUUCCCAUGCUGUCACUCGAGAUUGAGCAAAAGCUCUCUCAUGUGGGCUCACACCCGCAGUCUCGUCGGAGCUCCCAACAUGUUACCGAAGGAUCUCUGACCGGUGUGCAAACCCACUCAUCCCCGUACGACUUGGAGAAAAAAGGUGAUUAUGUGUCCGACAAAGACUUCGAAGUUGAAGAUGAAGGCAAUAGCAAGGAAGUCAGACGAGACUUGAAGCCGCGGAUGAUCUCCAUGAUCGCUCUCGGGGGUACUAUUGGUACCGGUUUGUUUAUUUCCACUGGUACCACCCUUCUGCUUGCGGGUCCUGUGUCGUCGCUUAUUUCGUUCGUGUUCAUGACGACGUUAGUGUUUACGGUCACCCAAGCUUUGGGAGAAAUGGCCACUUAUAUUCCCGUCACCGGGUCGUUCACUCAAUUCGUCGCAAGAUGGGCGUCACCUGCGUUGGGGGCUGCCAACGGGUGGAACUAUUGGUUCUCUUGGGCUAUCACCUUCUCUUUGGAAUUAUCUAUCGUUGGUCAAGUUAUCGAGCGUUGGACUUACGCCGUCCCUUUGGCGGCUUGGAUUUCGAUUUUCUUCGUCCUUUUGACCGUCUUCAACUUAUUCCCAGUGAAAUUUUAUGGUGAAUUCGAAUUCUGGAUCGCCCUGAUCAAGGUUAUCGCUGUGUUGGGGUGGAUCAUCUAUGCCCUCUGUAUCAUGUGCGGUGCAGGUAAGACUGGUCCCAUUGGGUUUCGUUAUUGGAGACACCCUGGCCCCUGGGGUCCUGGGUAUCUUGUGAAAAACCCGAUUGGCACUGGUAGAUUCUUGGGUUGGCUCAAAUCUUUGGUGUCAGCUGCGUUCACGUUCCAAGGUUGUGAAACUGUCGGGAUUGCUGCUGGUGAAUCGCGUAACCCGAGAAAGGCUUUACCACUGGCCAUCCGUAAGGUCUUGUUCCGGAUCUUGAUCUUUUACGUCUUGUGCAUGUUCUUCAUUGGAGUGUUGAUCCCCUUUGAUGACCCCAAACUCGAGGGUGAUGGUACUGCUGCCUCCCCUUUCAUCAUCGCCAUGGAAAACGCUGGUACCAAGGUGCUUCCUGAAAUCUUCAAUGCUGUCAUUUUGACCACCGUGAUCUCUGCUGGUAACUCCAACGUGUACUUGGGUUCGAGAAUUUUGUAUGCUCUUGCUGAAUCGAGGGUGGCUCCCAAAUUUUUCAUGCGGACUAACCGUUGGGGUGUUCCUUGGGUUGCGGUGCUCUUCACCGCAUCCAUUGGUUCGUUGGGUUACUUGGCUGUGUCCGAUCUGGGUACAGUGGCAUUCAACUGGCUUCUUAACAUUUCGUCCACUGCAGGGCUCAUCGCUUGGGGUGGUAUUGCUUUCACCCACAUUCGAUUCAUGAAUAUCUUGCGUCUGCGCGGGAUCUCGAGAGACUCCUUGCCAUUCAAGGCGAAAUUCAUGCCUUAUGGUUCGUAUUACGCGUGUGGCUUCAUUUUUCUCAUCGUGUUAUUCCAGGGGUUCGAUGCUUUCUGGGACAUUGAUGCCUCGAAGUUCUUCACCUCAUACAUUUCCCCCAUCUUGUUCAUUUUUUGCUGGAUUGUGUUCCACUUUGUGUUCAAUGGGUUUACCAAGAAGGCAUUUACUUGGAAUUCGAUCUUGAUGCCUAAGGACGAAUGUGAUAUUGACACUGGGGCAAGAAACAUUGAUGACGAUGAAGAAUUUGAAGAAGAACCCCCAAAGAAUUUGUGGGAAAAGUUCUGGAAUGUCCUUUCCUGA